GUAAAGUUAUGUGAGCCAUCAAGAAUCGCUGGAUUGUUUAUAUCUUUCGUACUUCCCUGGUUCGAUGUCGUUUGGUAGGCGUCACCUAUUUUGAGUGGUGAUGCGCAGUGGGCGUUGUGUGUGCUGUCUUCGUGGGAGGGAAACAAUCGAUCUGCAGGCUGAAACCUUCCGUUACUAACAGGACUGUUCUCUGUGUUUAUACGCUCUGUUCAAAUAUUGUGUAUUUUGGAAUUACUUCUGAAGAAUUUUAAAAAAAUAUGGCUGAUCCAGGAUUUCCAAGUCAGCACGUGACAACAACAGGCACAACAACAGUUACAAAUACAACUGUUUCACCAGUUAUUCGUUUUGAUAAAACUUAUAUCAAGACAACUCCGGGCAUCUUGAAAGUGGCUCAGAUAAUUUUCAAUCUGAUUGGUUUUAUAUGCAUCUCGGUAUCUUACCAGUGGUGGCAGUCACGUGGUGGCUGGUUCAAUACAGUCUCAAUGACAGGAUUCUGGUUCACGGGGAUUAUGCUGCUGUUUUACUUGUUUCACGUCAUUGAGAAGUUCUACAAGGUUCCAUGGCUAAAAAUUGAAUUUGUCUUCUGUGCUGUGUGGACCUUCUUUUACUUAAUUGCUGCUUCUCUGGCUGCUGACUAUGGGAGGCAUGAUGAAGCGUAUGGUGCAGCAGCGUUUUUUGGGUUUGCUGCGAUGGUUGCAUAUGGAGUUGAUGCAUAUCUGAAGUUUGUGGCAGUACGAUCUGGUAGCAUAGCUCAAGGUCAACGAACUGUUCAGAAGACCACAAGCACAGUAACGUCCCCUGCAUAUUAAAAUUACUGAAAGUUUAAAAGACUUCACAACCUCUGAAGUGUACUGUUAUAUCAAAUGCCUUAUUUAACCAGUUUCUAUUAAUGUUUAACGCAUUUCACUCAUGUUUUGUACUGAAUUAUACAUAUAAUUGUUGCAAUGUAUUUAGAUACCAGAUUUUUUGUGUACCUGGUGUCAUAGCGAUUGCUAAGAUAGUACUGGUUACACUAGAAUAAUUGUAUAUUUUUGUAUGCUAGUUCAGCUGUUGUAUUUAUGUUGGAUAUAAUGUGACUAAUUGUUGAACUUUGUAAACUGAUAUUUUAUUGCUAGUUGUUUCUGGACCAAUCAGCCCACCAAAAAUGUUCAUAAAGUUUUCUCUGGCAACUUUUUGAAGAUUUUCCAUGUUAGUAGACAAGCAUUGGUAAAAACUGUAGCAGCAGGCUUGAUACAUUGUUUGCUGACUGCCCUUAACAUCAAAAAUGGUUUUAAACAACACGUCCACUAGUCAGUGUAAAGAUAAUAUUCACAAGCCUUUUAGUUAUCACAAGCGUUUUAUACUUAACUGGAAAAUACCAUGUCUUAUUAGAACUGAACUUCUUGAAAAUAUUUCCACUUAACUGUGAAAUAUUCAGUAAUACUUUGGUAGUGUUCAGCAUAAAUUGAAUGUUUAUUAGCAGUAGUUGUUGUGGGAAACUGUUGUAGUGAAUGCUGGACAUUCCACACAGAAAGGAACAAAUACUUUACAUUAAUGGUAAAACCUUGUUUAAAUUAAAUAUUCAUAAACUAAUCAGGUUUUAUAACCUAUUUUAGAAAUAUUUGUGUACUAUUCAGGAGUAGUUUUUGCUCCUUCAUAUAUUUGUAACAUGUAACAUUUGUUGUUCUAUUCUCCUAAUGAGAACUUCUACCUUUUUUCUGUUAAUAAUUGCUCAUGCAGAAGUUCAUAUAUCAUUUAAUAACUGAAUCUCAAAUCACUUCUUUGGUCACUGUAUUGUGUAAAAGUGUACAGUUAUCAGAAAUAUAUUUUCAGUUACCAUUUUUGGCAGGCAGAUCAAUUUGAUUAUGCUGUCCUUGAAUGGCACUUUUAGUUAAUCAUUGAUUGUAAAAAAUAAUGGAAAUUUCCUAUAGUGUAUUAAUUCAUGGAGCACAGUAACACACAAUGGAAAAUGUCAUUUACACUAGCUUUCAAGUACUAGCUCUUUUUGCAGCAAUACUGCACACAUACACAACAAAAUCCACACAAACCCAAAUGCACACUUUCAUGGCUGAGCCUUGCUGUGGCUACAAGAGUGCAUUUUGGGUGCCUAUGUUUUUGUGUUUGGGCAUGUGUAUACUACAGCUGGAAAAAGAGCUAGUGCCUGAAAGCUAGUGUGAAUGUUGUUUUGUGUUGUGUGUUACUUCAUGCAUCGAUCCACUAUAGGUGAGUGGUUGCCCUACACUUAUUUUAUGUGUUCUUCCGUGUACAGUUAGAUAUCCAGUGUUCUGGUUUUUUUAUGAAAUUUUGCUGGUUUUAGAUGAAAGUUGACUAUGCAAGUAAUAUUAGUCAGAAGAGCAGGUAUCAAUAUUUGGCAAUUCAUGUACUCCUUAUUUUCUUGUGUAUGUGUUCGUAUUAUACCUUAAUAUACCCUUUAUCAGCUUUCUGCAGUAUGUUCAGAACAUGAAACUGUUCCCACUAAAGCAACGAGAUUAAAGCACCAGAACAUAGCUGUGUAGUAAAAAUUAAAAUCUACUUGUCUGAACAUGAUUUGACGUAAUGAACAGAGCAGUUUCCUGUUCAAAUAACUGUUCUUUGCCACUUGAGAUGCAGAAGGAAGUUUGAGCUGUGGCCAAGAAAGAUGAACUGAUAUUUUAUGCUUGCUUCAGAGUAAAAAGCUACCACUUUUUGUUAAAAUUUUAACACUUAAUUCAAAUAUACAGCAACUGUUCCUUCUUUUGAGUUCUCUGAAGGAUUAAAAUGAUAAAGAAGAGUUGUUAACCAUGUGCUUCAUUGCUCUGUUGUCUCGAAAGCAAAAGAUUUUUCUUAAGAUAUGACAUUUGCUUUACCAUGUUUGUUCAAAUCCAUUAAAAGUGGACCCAAAUUGAACAGUAAUUCUGAUCAAUAUGUAUGGAAAAUGUUUUCUAAACAUUUACCAGUCAUAAUUUCAAUAUGUACCUUAGUAAACAUAGUUGAUGAUAAAUUGUUUUUCAGAACACAGAUUAUUAUUAUUAUUAUUAUUAUUACUACUACUACUACUACUACUACUACUACUACUACUACUACUACUUGGGAGGGGAGAGAGAGAGAGAGAGAGAGAGAGAGAGAGAGAGAGAGAGAGAGAGAGAGAGAGAGAGAGAGAGAGAGAGAGAGAGAGAUUAUCUGGGAGACAUAAGAAAGAACUGGAAAAGGAAGGCUUGUUGAAAAUAUACAUCUUCUCUCUCUCUCUCUCUCUCUCUCUCUCUCUCUCUCUCUCUCUCUCUCUCUCUCUCGUGUUGUGUCAUUGAUUCUGACAAUUUCAAAGCUCUGAAUUUUUCUCACUCAGCCACUGCUUGACACUUUUACAUUAAAUAAUGCUCUCUCAGCAAUUAGUGGUUAAAUAGCUUUUAUCCACAAGCAUAUAAGAUUAUUCGUGGUAUAUCAUAACCCCCAGGUAUAAUAUGUUUACAGUUUGUAUUAUUGUCUUUGUGGACUGGCUGUUUGUUAGAUACUAAGUUUGAAAGAACAUAUCUGGACAACAGCAUAUCACAUAAUUAAUCAUAAUAAGUGUUAACUACACGUGUAAAGAGUAGUUGGCACAUUAGAAAUGCCUUUAGUCUCCUUGAGGAGGACUGAGUCUGACACAUUGUAUUUCAUGUAGUAGUUUAUGUGUAUGUAUGUCUGUGUCAAAGUACAACUACAAUAGAUGUCUGUGUAAGUUAACUAAUAUGCUAGCUGUUGUAAAAUGUGUUAUAUGUAUGUCCGCAUGAAGACAAUACAGGCAGCUACAUUUACAUAUUAGAAAUUUGGGACCAUUGUUGAUCGGAGUUUAUAAGGUUGUUCGUAGAGCAGUAAAAGUUGUAUUCUCUUUACAUAAAGACCAUCUUCUGUUGUGUUAAUAACUUAUUGCUUGCCAUUUUAAAGUUUAUAUAGAAGUUGUGAUUUUUGAGGAUUUGUUGUUGAACUUUAUUAAUAGUUUUGUGAAUAGUAACAUUGAUAAAUACAGUAAAUUAUAACAA